AUGCAAUUUGAUGAAAAUGGAAAAGCUGUUAAACAAUACAUUGGAGAAGGUGAAAAUGGUCCAAUUAAUUCAUACCGUCAUAAUCCAUAUUCUUAUUUCAAUGAAGAAUUAAAUGCUAUUGAAGAGGGACCGGAUGGAUUACCACGAUAUUCUAACCAGUUUGAUGGUCAAUAUGCAAAUAUUAGACCUGAAAUUUCAGCUAAGAAAUUCUUUAAAGUUGCUUUAUUCGAUCCAGUUUUCGCAAAUGUUAAAGAUGAACUUAAACAGCAAUUCCAACCAAUUAUAGUAGCAAGAAUUGCAUCAGGUGCUUUAUCUCAAGCAUUCAAAGAUUUAAUUAAGAAACCAUUAUAUCAGCAACGAGGUUUAACUUAUGAUUUAGUUAAGGAAUCAGAUAAAAGAAAAUUUGAGAAAUCAGAUGAUUAUAAGAAUGCAAUUAAUGAAUAUAUUCGGUCUAUUAAUUUCGAUGAAAAUGCUAAAAAUCAACUUCAUGAACAAAUACAGGGAAUAAUAGAUUCAAAAGUUCCAGCAAAAUAA